GGCCCAGGUGGAAGAAGGAAGUUUCCCCCCGUGGUCGAUGUUUAACCGGGAAUAACGAGCUGUAACCGGGAAUAACCGGCCCUGAUGGCCGCUAGAACCUGAACCAGCACCGACCUAACGGACCCCACCCGGUACCGACACCCGGAACCCGGAACUGAACCUCCCGCUUCUAAGUUUCUACCUUCAUGAGCAGAAACAGCAGCGUUUGAGUCUGACGUUACAAUGAAACCCAGAUUAACGGCUUCCUGCUUCUCCUCCAAACCCCUCUAAUUACUGUGAAUCAGGAACCAUGAUGGAGUGAUUUAGGUGGAGGCCAGAGGCCCUUCACCCCUUCACCUCCUCCUCCUUCACCCCUUCACCUCCUCCUCCUCCACCAACAUGGCGGGUCUGCAGCUCAUCACUCCCGCCACGUCUCCCAUGGGGCCGUUCUUCGGCCUGCCGUGGCAGCAGGAGGCCAUCCACGACAACAUCUACACCCCCCGCAAAUAUCAGGUAGAACUUCUGGAAGCAGCUCUGGACCGGAACACCAUCGUGUGUCUGAACACGGGUUCGGGGAAAACCUUCAUCGCCGUGCUGCUCACCAAGGAGCUGUCCCACCAGAUCAGGAGGGGGGACCGGGUCAGGGACCAGGGCCAGCCCCAGGACCAGGACCUGGAACAGGCCCGGAGGACCGUCUUCCUGGUCAACACAGCCUCGUCCGUCAGCCAGCAGGCCGCCGCCGUCAGGACUCACUCGGACCUGCAGGUGGGAGAGUACCAGACCUGGGAGGAGACGCAGGCAUGGACCGACCAGCGCUGGAGCCGGGAGGUCAGAGGUCACCAGGUCCUGGUCAUGACCUGCCACGUCUUCCUGCACCUGCUAAGGAGAAACAUCUUCCCUCUGUCCUGGAUCAACCUGCUGGUGCUGGACGACUGUCACCUGGCCGUCACCGCCCACCCCUACGGUGACAUCAUGCAGCUGUUCCAGGACUGCCCCGCUCCCCCCCGGGUCCUGGGUCUCACCGCCUCCAUCCUCAACGGGAAGUGUGACCCGUCAGAACUGGAGCAGAAGAUCCAGAACCUGGAGAGGAUCCUGCAGAGCAGCGCGGAGACGGCCACGGACCUGGUGGUGCUGGACAGGUAUGCGUCCCAGCCCAGGGAGGUGGUCCUGGACUGCGGGCCCUACGUGGACCAGAGCGGGCUGCUGUCCCGCCUGCAGGCCGAGCUGGACGAGGCCCUGCUGUUCCUGAACGACUGCAACGUGUCGGUGGGGGGGGACAACCGGGACAGCCGGGACCCCACCUUCAUCUCCAAGCAGAUCCUGGGGGACUGCCGGGCCGUGCUCCUGGUCCUGGGUCCCUGGUGUGCCGACAAGGCGGCCGGCAUCAUGGUGCGGGAGCUGCAGAAACACAUCAAGCACGAGGCGGAGGAUUUGAGCCGGAGGUUCCUGCUGCUGACCGACACCACGCUCAGGAAGGUGCACGCGCUCUGUGAGGAGCAUUUCUCCCCCGCCGCGCUGGACCUGCGCUUCGUCACGCCCAAGGUGCUGCGUCUGCUGGACAUCCUGCACCAGUACAAGCCGUUUGAGCGGCAGCAGUUCGAGAGCGUGGAGUGGUACAACAACCGGAACCAGGACAACUACGUGUCCUGGUCCGACUCGGAGGACGAGGAUGAGGACGAGGAUCUGGACCGGGACCGGGACCGGCCCGACGCCAGCUUCCCCUCGCCCUUCACCAACAUCCUGUGUGGCAUCGUGUUCGUGGAGCGCCGCUACACGGCCGUGGUCCUGAACCGCCUGAUCAAGGAGGCGGGGAAGCAGGACCCGGACCUCGCCUACAUCAGCAGCAACUUCAUCACGGGCCACAGUAUCGGAAAGAACCAGCCGCGCAACAAACAGAUGGAGGUGGAGUUCAGGAAACAGGAGGAGGUCCUCAGGAAGUUCCGGGCCCACGAGACCAACCUGCUGAUCGCCACCAGCAUUGUGGAGGAGGGCGUGGACAUCCCCAAGUGUAACCUGGUGGUUCGGUUCGACCUGCCCAGCGAGUACCGGUCCUACGUUCAGUCCAAGGGCCGGGCCCGGGCCCCCGUGUCCAACUACAUCAUGCUGGCCGACUCCGACUGCACGCAGAGCUUCGAGGAGGACCUGAGCAUCUACAAGGCCAUCGAGAAGAUUCUGAGGAACAAGUGCUCCAAGUCGGUGGAGGUGGCCGAGUUCGACUCCGAGCUGGUUCUGGACGACGACGACAUCCUGCCGCCGUAUGUCCUGCGGUCGGAGGACGGAGGCCCGCGGGUCACCGUCAACACGGCCAUCGGACACAUCAACAGGUACUGCGCCCGGCUGCCCAGCGACCCGUUCACUCACCUGGCUCCCAAAUGCAAGACAGCGGAGGUUUCUGAGGGCCGGUUCCAGUCCACGCUGUACCUGCCCAUCAACUCCCCCCUCAGGGCUCCGGUCAAGGGUCCGGUCAUGAGCUGUGCCAGGCUGGCGGAGAAGGCGGUGGCGCUGCUCUGCUGCGAGAAGCUGCACCGGAUAGGUGAGCUGGACGAUCACCUGAUGCCGGUGGGGAAGGAGACGGUGAAGUACGAGGAGGAGCUGGACCUGCACGACGAGGAGGAGACCAGUGUCCCGGGACGACCCGGGUCCACCAAGAGGAGGCAGUGCUACCCUAAAGCCAUACCGGAGUGUCUGCGGGACAGCUACGCCGUUCCGGAGCAGAGCUACUUCCUGUACGUGAUCGGGAUGGUCCUCACCACGCCGCUGCCCGAUGAGCUCAACUUCCGCCGCAGGAAACUGUACCCGCCGGAGGACACGAGCCGCACCUUCGGCAUCCUGACGGCCAAGCCCAUACCUCGAAUCCCUCACUUCCCGGUCUACACCCGCUCCGGAGAGGUGACCAUCUCCAUCGAGCUGCAGAAGUCUGGGUUCAGUCUGAGCUCGGCCCAGCUGGACCUGAUCACCCGUCUGCACCAGUACAUCUUCUCCCACAUCCUCCGCCUGGAGAAACCUGCACUGGAGUUCAAGCCGGCGCUGGCGGACUCGGCUUACUGCGUUCUACCUCUGAAUGUUGUUGGAGAGUCCAACACUCUGGACAUGGACUUCCGGUUCAUGGAGGACAUUGAGAGGUCCGAGGCCCGGACCGGCAUUCCUACCACUAAAUACAGCAAGCAGAAUCCGUUCAACUUCAAGCUGGAGGAUUACCAGGACGCCGUCAUCAUUCCCCGGUACCGUAACUUCGACCAGCCCCACCGGUUCUACGUAGCAGACGUCUACACGGACCUGACGCCGCUCAGCAAGUUUCCCUCCCCGGAGUACGAGACGUUUGCUGAGUAUUACAAAACCAAGUACAACCUGGACCUGUCCAACCUGAACCAGCCGCUGCUGGACGUGGACCACACGUCCUCCAGACUGAACCUGCUGACUCCCCGACACCUGAACCAGAAGGGCAAAGCUCUUCCUCUCAGCAGCGCCGAGAAGAGGAAGGCCAAGUGGGAGAGUCUGCAGAACAAGCAGAUCCUGGUUCCGGAGCUGUGUGCCAUCCACCCCAUCCCGGCGUCUCUGUGGAGGAAGGCCGUGUGUCUGCCCAGUAUCCUGUACCGGCUGCACUGCCUGCUGACGGCCGAGGAGCUGCGGGCCCAGACGGCCCUGGAGGCCGGGGUGGGGGUCCAGAACCUCCCCCCGGAGUUCAGAUAUCCCAACCUGGACUUCGGCUGGAAAAGAUCCAUCGACAACAAGUCGUUCGGUUCCUGUCCGGAGUUCUGCGACGACGACGACGACGGGGACGGAGACGAGCAGCAGGACUGUGGAGGUCCGGAGGACUCUGGAGGUCCGGACCCCCCCGGGGGGGUCUCCUGCACACAGACCCUCCCCAACGGCACCGACCCGGCCGGCCCCCGGGACGACGGCCCCCGGGACGACGGCCCCCGGGACGAGCACCUUGGCCGGCGCUGGCAGCCCGGCCCCCCCCGACUGCAGAGCCCUGAACCAGAACACGUCUCUACCUCAGCCCCCCAUGAAUGUACCGGGACCUCAGACCACACUAAUGAAGCUACCUCAGCCCCCCCCGGGCCCCCCCGGGACUCCCCACACAACCUGGGGCCCAACCCCGGCCUCAUCCUGCAGGCCCUGACUCUGUCCAACGCCAGCGACGGCUUCAACCUGGAGCGGCUGGAGAUGCUGGGAGACUCGUUCCUGAAACACGCCAUCACCACCUACCUGUUCUGCACCUACCCCGACGCCCACGAGGGCCGGCUCAGCUACAUGAGGAGCAAGAAGGUGAGCAACUGUAACCUGUACCGGCUGGGGAAGAAGAAAGGGCUCCCCAGCAGGAUGGUGGUGUCCAUCUUCGACCCCCCGGUGAACUGGCUUCCUCCGGGAUACGUGGUGAACCAGGACAAGACCGGCACCGACCGGGUGGAAGAGGAAGAGGCUAAAGAGGAGCUACUGACCAACGGUAGAUCGGGGAACGACUCGGAGGACGAGGAUGACGAGGGGGAGGGGGAAGGGGAGGUGGAGGACGUGGACGAAGACGAGCUGAUGCUGAAGGACGAGCCGAAGGACGAGGUGAACAUGGAGGACGACCUGGAAUACUACAAGGAGCACAUCCGCUUCAUCGACAGCAUGCUGCUGGGCUCCGGGGCCUUCGGCAAGAAGAUCUCCCUGAGCGGCUUCCCGCCCCCCACGCUGGGCCCCGCCUCCAGCUCCUCCCCCACCCCCGACUCCUCCUACGACUGGAAGGCCCCCAAGAAACCGCUGCACCCGCUGGCGGAGCCGCCGCCCAGCGGGCCGCCGGCCGCCGAGGAGUUCGACUACAGCUCCUGGGACGCCAUGUGCUACCUGGACCCCAGCAAGGCCGGCGAGGAGGACGACUUCGUGGUCGGGUUCUGGAACCCGUCGGAGGAGAACUGCGGCGCCGAGCUGGGGAAGCAGUCCAUCUCCUACGACCUGCACACGGAGCAGUGCAUCGCCGACAAGAGCAUCGCCGACUGUGUGGAGGCGCUGCUGGGCUGCUACCUGACCAGCUGUGGAGAGAGGGCCGCCCAGAUGUUCCUCUGCUCGCUGGGCCUGAAGGUGUUGCCGCUGGAGCGAGCUGCCCCGGUGGGGGCGGGGCCAGGUGUGGGGGCGGGGCCAGGGGCGGGGCCAGGAGCCUCACCUGUGGACCGGAGCUACGGCUGGCUGAAGAUCCCGCCCCGCUGCAUGCUGGCCCAUCCGGACGCCAAGCGCACGCUGACGCACCUGAUCUCCGGCUUCGAGAACUUUGAGAGGAAGAUCAACUACAGCUUUGAGAACAAGGCGUACCUGCUGCAGGCCUUCACCCACGCCUCGUACCACUACAACACCAUCACAGACUGCUACCAGCGGCUGGAGUUCCUGGGCGACGCCAUCCUGGACUACCUGAUCACCAAGCACCUGUACGAGGACCCGCGGCAGCACUCCCCCGGGGUUCUGACGGACCUGCGCUCCGCCCUCGUCAACAACACCAUCUUCGCCUCGCUGGCCGUGCAGCACGACUACCACAAGUUCUUCAAGGCCGUGUCCCCGGAACUGUUCCACGUCAUCGACGACUUCGUGCAGUUCCAGCUGGAGAAGAACGAGAUGCAGGGCAUGGACUCGGAGCUGCGGCGCUCCGAGGAGGACGAGGAGAAGGAGGAAGACAUCGAGGUCCCCAAGGCCAUGGGAGACAUCUUUGAGUCUCUGGCCGGAGCCGUCUACAUGGACAGCGGGAUGUCCCUGGAGACGGUGUGGCAGGUGUACUACCCCAUGAUGAGGCCGCUGAUCGAGAAAUUCUCCGCCAACGUUCCUCGUUCUCCAGUCCGGGAACUGCUGGAGAUGGAACCGGAAACCGCCAAGUUCAGCCCGGCGGAGCGCACCUACGACGGGAAGGUGCGCGUGACGGUGGAAGUCGUCGGCAAGGGCAAGUUCAAGGGCGUCGGCCGCAGCUACCGCAUCGCCAAGUCUGCGGCGGCGCGGCGCGCGCUGCGCAGCCUGAAGGCCAAUCAGCCGCCGGUGCAGAGUCUCUGAAGCCCCGGAGCCCCGCCCCCUCUGGAGCCCCGGAGCCCCGCCCCCAAACUCUGAAGCCCCGCCCCCCUCGGCACCGACCCGGACCUACGACCCACUUCACCUUCAGCUGGACUUUUGUUGCGCAGACACAAUCUCUCCUUUCUGCUUCGUCACCUGGACUCACCUGGGACUGUAGCUGACCUUUGACCCCUGACCCCGCCGGGCCGGUGACCCCUGACCCCUGACCCCGCCGGGCCGGUGACCCCUGACCUCUGACCCCGCCCUGGGUCGGGGGGUCAGAACCGGUCAGAACCACUUCAGCAGCUGCUGGUGUUUUCAUCACUUUGCACUUAAUGUUGACGAACUCUGGACAAACAUCACGUAGCAAAACGACCUUAUAUGGACAUGAGCGGGGGCGGGGCCGGAUGUGGGCGGGGCCGGAAGUGGGCGGGGCCUCUGAUAGGAAUCCCGACAUUCCCAGUUACUGUAAUUGACCAUGUUUUUCCUGCAUGUCGCUGUAGCUUCUCCGUGAUUGGCUGCUCAGACGUCACGGGUCACGUGAUCCACCGUUGGGAGGGGGCGGGGUCAGCGGGAGGGGCGGGGCUUCCCCAGGAUCCCAGCCGUCUGAUUGGCCGUGGUCUGAAUACCUCAGUUUCCUGCAUGCGUUUUCUGUUUCUUUUUUUGGUGCUAUUAUUAUUUGUUGUUUUUUGUAUUUGAGCUUCUCAUCUUUUGCACUGUAACUACGAUACCUCUUUAUUUGUCGGAGUCGGGCUCCGCCCACAACCUGAGGGGGGCGGGGCUUGGGCGAGGGGCGGGGCCUGCAGAGGUGUCGUCAUGACAACACGUGAGUCUGCGUGGUUUCUACCUCAGAUGACAGACCUCACCUGUGUGACGUCAUCAAACACCUGAGACCUCCGGUGUGGGCGGGGCCUCCUCUGGGUGGGCGGAGCCUCCUCUGUGUGGGCGGAGCUUCAGGACGACGCCGUCAUAAUUUAUAUUUGAAGUCGACGUGACGUCGGUGUUUCCACGUCUCCUGCAGGUCACACGGAGUCACAUGACCCUCCUCUAACGGGUCACAUGACCCGCCCCCCCGAGGUCUCCAGUCACGGUCAUGUGACCCGGGCUGGGCCAAUCAGGCGAGAGGAAUCAGGACGGGAUCGUUUCGACCGGCGUGGACGAGUUGACCAGGACGGGGGCGGGGCCUAUCAGGGUGUGGGCGUGGCCCAAGUUCUUCUACUCUCCAUGGAAACUCUAGUCCCUGCUCUGAUUGGCCGUGUAGCCGAUAAUGUAAUAAUUUCCUAUAAUGUAAUAAUUUCCUGAAAAUGAAAUAAAAUUUGGCCUUAACUCAAUCGAAAAUGUAAUAAUGUCACCAAUAAUGUAAUAAAAUAUCCUGACUGAUAUUGUAAUAACAUUUUUACCGAUAAUUUAAAACCUUAUUACAUUAUUGGGAAUUUAUUACAUGAAACUCAAAGUCUGAAAUUUAACCCAAUAUUCAUUCUGAUGUUUCAAAUCCAGCGUAUAUAACAUUCUUAGAUACUUAAAACACAAAAUGUAGAACUCUGGACUGAAAAUGAACAUAUAUAUUACAUUAUUUGUCAAGUAUUACAUUAUCAGUUUUGGAAAAAAAAAGACCCACCUGAAAAUGUAAUAAAUUGUAUAUGUAAUAAGGUAUUACAUUAUCAGUAAAAAUGUUAUUACAUUAUUGGUGAAAUUAUUACAUUAUUGGGUUUUAUUAUAUUUUUGAUUGAGUUAUCUGCAGAUUUUAUUACAUUUCCGUUAUUACAUCAUCGGCUACAGGCCUGAACAGGCUCCGCCCACCGGCCUGGGAUUGGACGCAGCGCUGGCCCCGCCCCCUCAAGUUCUGGUUGGUCCAGUUCUGGAGGUCGGUGGUUCCGGAGACCCUGAUCCAGACCAGAACCAGGACCAGAACCAGGACCCUGAUCCGCAUCAGAACCAGAACCAGAUCCCCCCAAACACACACACAGCUGCAGCAGUGAAGGGGGCGGAGCUUCACGAUGACGUCAGCAGCCAAGCCCCGCCCCCAGAACACACCUGGUCCAGGUGUGUUCUGACGCCCCGCCCCCUGGGCCACUGAGGCCCCGCCCCCCGGACCAGACCUGGUCCAGGUGUGUUCUUCUGAAGUCCCGCCCUGUUUCUCUCAUGUAGCACAUCAAUCAACCGUUGCACUAAAGCACCAUAUUUACCUCAGCAGGGCGGGGGGGGUUCUGGUUCUGGUUCUGACCCGGAACUGGUCCUGGGGGGUCCAGGUCCUGGUCCAGGUCGGUGGUUCUGGUUUUGGUCCUGGUCCUGGUCCAGGUUCUGGUUCUGGUUCUGCACCUUACAGACUGGUGAACUAGUUUUUCUUGGUUUCUUCUUCUUCGUUUCUAAUUGUAGCUUCAUGUCUCAAUAAAGUCUUGGUCCAAGUGAGUCCUGAGUCUUCAUGAGGUCUCAACAUCUUAUUAGCGCCACCAGGACACAGAUUUCGGAGGACCCAGGCCAAUCAUAGAUCAAAACGUGUGUCUCGACCGGGAAUAGUGUGCUAUGACUUUUGGUGUUGAAAUUCCCAUUUUUCCCAAAGUUAUUCCCAAAAAACUGGCCGAAAAAAACCCAUUCAAAGUGGAUGGGAGGAGGUAAAAAAAAGAAAAAAUUCACCUUUUUUCUGAGUCACCUAACUUUCUCAUACCCGCAUGUAGAAAUGUCAUUCAAACUUCAAAACGGAGGAAAACUUCCCUUCUCUCCAAACCCCAAAUAGUUUUUACCUAAGAUGUAAAAUUUUCAAUAUAUGAGCACUCAAGCGAGUGUGAGAAACAGUAAAAAAAUAACCUGCAUUUUUAUUUAUAACUUGAGCUCACGGCCAAACCGUAAAAAGGAGACAAAUAAUUUUUGGUCAGAAUGUAGACAUAGGUGUUGGGAUUCAUAAAAUGUGACUUUGACAGGCGGGGUAUGCACAAAAUUUAAACGGGGUGGGCUAGAGCGGCGCCAAUACCUGUCUCAGUCCCCAUUGACUGUAAUGUAAUCAAAAGUUUUCUUCAAAAGAAUCUCACUCUGUCUUCGCACUGAGCUUACUCAAUAAUUUU